GAGUCUUGUUUUGUACAGUUUUGCUCAUUCUGUUGUGUGACUCAAUUUUUGUUUCAAAACAUUGCCUUAAUUCAUUAUGUAUCUAUUGUUUUUUUCAAUUUUUUAGUUGACAGAAUCUAUAAAAAUGGCGAAAGAUCAAUUAUCGUCAUUUCAACUUGUUUACAACUCAUGUCCUUCAUUCUGGGCCAAUUACGAUAAAGCCAAUUCAUGGUUAAAAGCUCAAGGGUUCAAUCCAGUCAAUUUUAACUUUCAACUUGCUCCGUCUCUUUGUCCGCGAGAUGAACAUGGUCAUGAUAACCAUCACCAAAAUAAGCCUGAUAUCAGUAUUCCAGAGAGCAGUGUAGAUACGGAUGAAGAGGAUUCCUAUGUCGAUGAUGAUUACGUUCGUUUCAUCAUUGAAACAAGAAAACACCAAAAAGAGCAAGAAAGACUCAGAGCCUUGAGGAUCAAAAAAGAGAAAAAGGAGGAAAUCGUUUACAAAGACAUCGGUGAAAUCGAUGUACAAAGAUUGACCAAAGCUGAACAGUUCAAAGACAAUGAAAAAGAGCUAGAUCAUGUAAAUCUCUAUGGAACUUUAAGUGAAUCAAUCAAAGCUAAAGAAGCGCUACUUCAGAGUGAUUUUAAUGUUUAUUAUGAUACUCACAAGCCUCAAUUUUGGCCAACUAUUCCAGUCAAAAUCAAAUAAAUUUUAUUUCAUAUGUUGGCGAUGGCAGCUCAUUAAUUGAUGAGUGAGAAACAGAGCCGUGGAAUUAGAGAAGGAAGAGGUGAAUGAGAAGAAUUUAACUCACAAAAGCAAAUAUUACAAAUUAAAGUCUGUUUUUUCAAUCUUUU